CCCUUUGUGCUCUUCUGCUCUGUAGAGCACUGUCUCUGCUUCUCCCUCGCUCCCUCUCUCUCCCUCUCUCUCUCUCUCCCUCUGUGUGAGGGUUGGUGGCUUUGUGUCCGUGGAAGGAAUUCUGCUGAGGAAAUGGAAGCACUCUGAGGGCUUGAGCUCUGUUUUUCCUGAAGCUCAAGCGAACCCCAUUGAUGCCCUGCUCGGUUUCUUCUUCACAAGUUGCAGAAACUUUCAUAAGUUGUCGGCAACUCGCAAUGGCUUAUCAGCCUUUGCUCUUUCUCUCUGAUGUUUUUUUUGUGGUGAACUGUUGAGAGGAAGCUCUGUUCUGUCAGAUCGAAUCUUUUUUCUCUGCUAUUUCAGUUACUCAUUAAUACUUUGUCGACUCAAAAAAAAAAAAAACAUAUGUGAGUUUCUGUUCCAAAAAUGGCGGUUUUUGAAGCUGUUUCAAGACACUGAUCUCACCCUUUCCAACGGUGCAAUGGCCGCAGGCAAAAUCUUUACUUAAUGAACCAAACCGACCCUUCUUGAUUCUCUUGAUUUCGACAUCUCUCGUCUACCCAUUACGCCUUCUCUUCUUUGGAGAGCCGCGUGCCGUCCGGCCGGCGUUAACGCCCUUCUUCUCAGAGAUUUCGUUGGGGCCGCCGUAACACUUUUUUUUUUGUGUUCCUUGGUUAGUGUUGAAAUGGGUCAUGUAUUUGGGAACUCAUCUCACAAACCGACGGGCUUCGAGACCGCUGUCUGGGCUGUCAAGGUUGUCUUGGUAAUAAUGGGUGUCGUGUCGUCUGUGAUUCUGGUGAAGAUCUCUGUAAUUCCAACCGUGUCCUCCUUCGUCGUCUCCACUGUCCCCUGUCUAUGGAGCUUCUUCAGGAACUUCCUCUCUCCUCCUUACAUUUACAUACUCUUCAACUUCAUCAUCCUCAUCAUCGCAGCUUCUUCCACUUCCCAGCACCCCUUCAUGAAACCUCAGAAGCAACCCAAGGCUGUGUCCCGGAUUGUCGAAGCACCCGACGACGAUCAGUUCGAAUCCCUAGAUCGAGAAGAGAGUUGGGAGCCUGCUGCUCGGGAUGCUGAUGAACCGGAGCGCCAUGCGACGGAGCCUCUGAAGGACGUGGGCUCCUAUUUUGCUUCUGGCUUAUUGGCAAGGCCGGGUUCGGUUUCGAGAGAAGGUUCAGCUGAUGUGAAGGAAAUGAUCGUUGAACCUCGAGGGCCUGAGGGUCGCAGAAAGCCCGAGCAGUCGGAAGAGCCUGAGGAGCCCGGAAAUCCGGAGGAGCCUAAUGACACAAUUGACUCUAUAUGGAAGUCCAUAAUGGUGAGCCAGGGGAAGCCGCCGCCACCCCAGCUCGAAAAGAGCGACAAAUGGGACUCUCCGCUGCCUCAGGUGGACCAGACUGAGCCCAAACCCAGCCUGGGACCAGACAACCCAGCCAUCUGGGCUCGGUGGGAGGUGAGAACGUCGGACACAUUCGAGGAGGACAAUGCCUCCUCGAAGCUGAGGAAUCUCUUGAGCCAAGACGAGCUGAACCGGAGGGCCGAUGCAUUCAUUAAGCAGUUCAACCUCGACAUGAGGCUGCAGAGGGAAGAGUCCAACCAGAGGUACAUCGAGAUGGUUAAUGGGGGCAAGUGAUCAAUCCAUUCCAUUUAGGUCCGAGAAGGAAGAUCUUGAAUUGGCCCCUUGUUCCUCUAUUCAAACCUCAGUCCCGCACCUGUAUUUAAUAUCGGCCGUACUUCAUCGUUACUGCACCGGAGUCUGUUCGAACUUACCGGUUCUUAAUAGCACGUAGAAUCAGACAUUGCCCAUUUCCUUUUCUUUUGGGACGUAAGUAGAACAUGUAGAACGAGUUGUUGUGUUAAUAGCUUUUCUAAUAAAAAUUUUGGUGUAGCUUCUGUCCUUCCUAAAGCAACUGUUGAGUUGGAGAUGCGUAUUGUAACAACGUGGAACAUCUGAUCUGAUGUUCAUGUCA